AGCGGCUCUGAGCUUCAUCCCUUGGAACUCACAACCCACCGUCGCCUAUUAAAGGCGGCAGUGUCCAUUCGCAAUGGAUUUGGCCGAGACCAAGCACAAGUUCGAUGCACGCGUACAGGGGCUGCGCGCCGGAGGACAAGAGACAGCGCUCCGGGCCUCUCGUGCUGUCCGUGGCGUUUCUGAGUCCGGAAAGGUGCAGAAGGUUGUUCUUGGCUCAGUCUUGUUCAUUAUUGGGGCUGCGUUGCUCUACGUGCCAGCAGCGAUUUCGUAUCUCGUCCUGUACUACAGAUAUAUUCCGGAGCUGGUAACGACAAUCCCAGUGCACUUACAAUAUGGUGUUGGCCCGAACCCUUUUGGCAUCGCCUCCCUGGGGCAGUUACAUGCCCGGCAGCCCUACGACAUCACCGUCUCACUCACCCUUCCUCGAUCUCCAACGAACAUCGAGCGCGGUAACUUCAUGGUCGCGCUCCACCUGCUCAACCCAGAUCCCACCGGCGCCAACCGGCGCUCUUCAUCCUCCACCAACGCACCGAUGCUCCCCUACGUCCCGCCUGCAAGGGCGGGCAAGUCCCCUAAGCACGACGACUCGGUGAAGGAGGAAGAGCAACCGGACCUGGACAUGUCGGUCCAAGCAACCCGUAUCAACCUCCCCGCCUACCUCGCCGCGCACAGCAUCCUCCACACGGUGACGCGCCCCGCGCUGGUCCCCUACGUUGACCCGAUGGCCUCGCUCGCCAAGCGGCUGCUCUUCCUCGCCUACCACAUGCUCUUCCCGCGCCGCGCCACCACCGUGCACCUCGUCAUCCCCAUGGUCGAGGCGCUUGCGCUUCCUUCCUUCCCGAACACUCGCCGCGGCGGGCAGGCGCCGGGCAGUCUGCUGCUGGAGGUGCAGGCGGGGCAGGAGAUCCAGCUGUACGAGGCGAGCGUCACGUUCGCGGCGCAGCUCAGGGGCUUGAGACGGUUCAUGUACCGGUGGAAGGUGACUGCUUUCGUGGUGGUUACGGGGAUGUUUUGGAUUGGGGAGUUGGUGUUUACGGGGAUGGGGCUGUUGUGUCUCAGGGCGUGUUUUGCGGGUGAUGGAAGGGGUGGGGUCAAGGUUGAGGGCCGAGGUGGGCGGGAGGUUGUUGAUGGCGGUGAUGUCAGUGAGCUGAGUGGGGAGAGUGGUGGGGAGAGCAGCGGUGAUGGGGACGAUGGGAGGAGGAUGCCGGUCCGGAGCGAAGGCGCUUGGACAAGAAAAGGCAAGGUUCUCAAGAAGGAAGAAGAAAGUGUGGAAACGCCGCUGUCUAGGAUACCUCCAUAUGAUGGCGGACAGGACGCCCGGCCUGAGAAGGAUGAUCAGGUUGAAGGCGGGGCGGGACUGAGCCAGGGGAAAUGGAAAGGGAAAGAGGAAGAGAAGUUCAGCUUGGAAGAUCUGGGUCUUGGCACCAGCUACAGUGGCCAAGUGACCAAAGAAGGCGCGAGGAGAAGGAAUAUCUCCGGCCAGGAGCUAUCAGAUUGAACCCAAAGCUCCAAACGGCUCGUGUUUUGGCGUUUGGUGUUCAGCGGUUCAGUCGGAUUUUGGGUUUAAUUCUGUUGAUCCUAUUCAAAUCAGAUAAUCAUGUCUUGACCACAUAUACAUGUGCGCUCAAUUCGACGGCUUUUUGUGAUA